AUGUCGGUGUUAAUUUAUUGGCUGUUAUUGUUGCUGGGUGUUGUUUCUGGAAGAAUUCACAAACUUGAUAUACGGAAUGAUGCCAGGCGAUAUAUUGCGCUAACGACGUUUGGCUUUUAUCAACGUGGAAGUCUUACUGUUAAUCUAACAAACUUCAAGGUUAAACCAUUUAAGGAUACUGAUGUUUAUGGAUUUAGUUUAGAUAGAACAAAAAGUGAUACUGUUAAUCCAUAUUUAGAUAGUCACCAAGAUAAAUGUUUAUUACAAGGACCAAUAAAUCCUCACACAGAUUUCGACUCAAAGGAUGAAAGUGCUGUGAUUUAUUUUAUUAUGGAUUUAAAAACUUUACAAUUAAAAACAACCUGUAGCUCAAAUGUUAAGUCACUGCAUAUUUAUAAUGAUAUCAAUCAAUUGCCGAGCUUUAGAAAAAAACGGGGAUCAAUAUCUGGGUUCAGUGAUACCAAAUUGUUUCCUCGACGGAAGCGGGACACACUUGAUACUAAUGUUGGAGAAAAGAAUGAAGCUAAAUCUCCGUGCUCUGAUGUUAAACUCAACAUGACUGUAGAGACGAUUGACGGAGAAAAGUACAUCAACACUAGCUUCGCAAUGUAUGUUAUGAAUGAAGAUGAGGAAGGACUUUAUAACUUUUAUUUCCACAACUGUCGAAAUUACGACGAAGACAGAUCGAUGGUUAAUUUUACUAUGCAUAUCACUGAGAUUAAUAAUGGUAACUUUUUGAGCGCUGGCGAAAUGCCGCUACCUGCUCUUUAUUUCAUGAUGGCAUUACUAUUCUUCUUCUCGGGAUGCUUCUGGGUUUUGAUAUUGAAGAAGAGCAAAAACCCAGUAUUCAAAAUUCACUACUUGAUGGCAGUUUUGGUGUUCCUAAAAUCUUUCUCGCUGCUGUUCCACGGAAUAAAUUAUCACUUUAUAGAAACGAAAGGAGAACAUGUCGCAGCCUGGGCAAUACUUUAUUACAUAACUCAUUUAUUAAAAGGAGCAGUAUUAUUUAUAACCAUCGUUCUCAUUGGAACUGGAUGGGACUUUAUAAAACAUAUCCUCGCUGAUAAAGACAAAAAACUUUUUAUGAUUGUUAUACCUCUCCAGGUGUUAGCUAACGUAGCAGAGAUUAUAAUUGAAGAAAGUGAAGAAGGAGACGUAGAACAUAAAACAUGGCGUGAUGUAUUUAUACUCGUAGAUUUGCUUUGUUGUGGAGCGAUAUUGUUCCCCGUGGUCUGGAGUAUCAGGCAUUUGCAGGAAUCCGCGAAUACAGACGGCAAAGCAGCUAUCAAUCUACAAAAACUCAAGCUUUUUAGACACUUCUAUAUUAUGAUCGUCUGUUAUAUUUACUUUACCCGAAUAAUUAUGUACCUACUCAAGAUGACAGUACCAUUUCAAUAUGAGUGGUUAGACGAAAUGUUCAGAGAAAUGGCAACUUAUAUAUUCUUCGUACUGACUGGUUACAAAUUCCGACCAGCGUCAGCGAAUCCGUAUUUUACAGUAAAUGAUGACCUUGCUGGUGGUGAUGAUGAUGAAAUGGAUGUUGUUGUAUCUGGCGCGAGUGGAUUUGCUCAGGGUCUUGGAAAAGUGUCUAAAGCCAAAAAGUUAAUACGACCACAAACAACUCAAAUCGUUGUCAAUGAAGAAGAAUGCGAAAGUCUGAUUAAUAAACGUGAAGCUUCUUACGACUACGAUUAA